GCCCCCCAGCCACUACUUUGGAUGAUGUGGUAGAAUGCUCUGGUUUUGUUCUUGAAAAGAAUAUAGAAACAUUAUUGACUUUUGAUGAAAUGAAGGAUUCCCAUGCCACCACUCCAAACAGCAAUGAGCAUCCAUCAGUUAUAGUAUCAAAUUGUUCCACAGAACCUUCUCCUGCUGAUGAUGAUGGUGGUUCAGCUGAGAAUCCAUCAUCCUCUUCUGUCCAAAGUGCUUUCAAAAACUCCUCUACAGACUCAGCAACCACCUCUGGGAUCUCUAAUGGCCCUUCUACCCCCAACUCUGACACUGUCAGCUCCUCGCCUGCUUCCAGCCCACAGACCAGUGCCACCACCUCAGAUCCCUUCCCCUUACAUUCGUCAUCAAGCCCGUUUGACACUGAUUGUAGCCGAAAGUUAAUUUCCCAGAUCCAGCGUUCAGUGUCGCAGGAGUCACUGCUGGAUGAGCUGGAGUCAGAGCUGUUGGCUUGUCAGCUGUCUGAAGGUCAAAGUGGCGAGAUGAAGGGGAGCUCACCUGUCAAUGGACUCCCCACAGACAUGGUGGUCUUUGAGAAGUGUGUUCAAUACAAGUAUGCACAGCAGGAGAAAGCUAUUCAGAGGUUGCUUGAGGAGAACAAGAGACACCAGGAGCUGAUCUUGGGUAUCUGUUCAGAGAAAGACAACAUGAGGGAUGAACUGAAAAAGAGGGCAGAGACAGAAAAGCAACACAUGGCCACCAUUAAAAAGUUGGAGGGCAAGGUGGAGGAGCUGCUGAAAGAACUGAGGGAGUCGUGGGAUAAAUUACUUCACCAGGACCAGGCAUCAAAGGCUGCUCUCCAGCUGAUGCAGAAAGAGAUGGCCUACCGGUUAGAACAGGCGAACAAGAAAUGUGAUGAGGCACGCCAAGAGAAGGAGACCAUGGUGAUGAAAUAUGUGCGGGGAGAGAAAGAGGCCCUCGACCUGAGACGGGAUAAGGAGAGUAUAGAGAAGAGGCUGAGGGAAGCCACCAAGGAGGUCGACCGCCAGGCCCAUCGAGGAAACCAACUGGCUCAGGAGAAAGGUCGGCUGCAGCAGUUAUAUGAUGUCAAGGAAGGUGAGGUUAGCAGGUUGUCUCGAGAGGUAGAGAAGUUGAAGGAGGAGAUCAACUCGCAUCUUAUCAAGGUCAAAUGGGCCCAGAACAAACUAAAGAGUGAGGCGGAUGCACACAAGGAAACUAAAGACAAACUCAGAGAGACCACGUCCAAACUGGCCCAGGCCAAAGAAGAGACCGAACAGAUCCGCAAGAACUGUCAGGACAUGAUCCGAACAUACCAGGAAUCAGAGGAGCUCAGAUCCAACGAGCUGGAUGCUAAAUUGAAGGAGACCAAAGGAGAGCUGGAGAAACACAAGCAGGAACAAACAGACCAAUUAGAGGUACACCGAGUGAAGGCCAAAGAGCUGGAAGACCUGAAGAGGAGUUACAAAGAUGGCAUGGAUGAACUCAACACUCUACGCACCAAGUUAAAGUGUCUAGAGGAUGAGCGUCCUCGCUGGGAGGACGAGCUGACCAAGUACAGGGAGAUUAUCAACCGGCAGAAAGCUGAGAUCGGCCAACAGAGAGAAAAGCUGGAAGAGAUCACAGCACUCCAGGAGCAGCAUCAGCGCGACAAACAGGAGAUCGCAUCUCUUAGCGAGGAAGUGGACAGCCUAAGCAACCAGAUGGCUGACCUCCAGCGUGAUGUACAAGGCAGCAGGGAGCGUGAGGGUGAGCUCCUGGGCUUCACUGAGAAGCUGAGCAGCAAGAACGCCCAGCUCCAGUCAGAGAGCAACACACUACAGUCUCAGCUGGAUCAGCUCACCGGGAGUUUUUCAGAGCUCCACGCUAAGCUGGAGGAGACCAGCAGGCUUCUAGACGGCAAGUCACAGCAGCUGAAACAGGGAGAGGUGCUGAGGCAGCAGGAGGUGCAGGGCCUGCAGGAGGAGCGGACUGCACUGCAGACAGAGGUGGCCCAGCUGAAAACCAGAGCUGAAGAGCUGAGGGAUGAGCUGUUGACUCAGAAAAGGAAACAAGCCGCCAACAUUAAGGACCUGACAAAACAACUAACACAAGCCCGUAGGAAACUGGAGCAAGCUGAGAAUGGAGGCUGUGACCGUGAUGCUAGCAGUAUGGGCAGUCGCUCUAGUUCUUCAGGUACUUCUCCUAGAUUUGGCUCCCUGAAUGCACGCCACGUUGGGAGCAGUGGUGUUGAAGAGCAGUCACCUGAGAGCCAGACAGGCCCUCCACUGGUGGUCGUGGACAGUUUCCCAGAGGUCGACAAGGCUGUGCUAGUGGAGCGCAUUGUCCGUCUGCAAAAGGCCCUGGCUCGCAAGCAGGAAAAAAUUGAGUUCAUGGAGGAUCACAUCAAACAACUGGUGGAAGAGAUCCGCAAAAAGACCAAAUUUUAACUCGUGCAAACUUCACUCAGAGCUAUUUAUACUCUGAGUCGAUCGGGUGGGGAGGAAUGCCUCCACAAGGAUCUUUAAUGGUGUUCCAUCUGCAUUCGUUACCCUCACCCAAACUAAAGAGACAGUGUGAAGGACAUUUGGACGGUCUUAAGCACAUCAUCACUUCAAGUAUAGUUUAGGCCUUGAAGUGGAUUGUGGACACAUGCCAGGCUAAAAUGGGAUGUGAAAAUGAGUUUUUCACAUAAUACAAUCUCAGAGCUAAAGGAACAUUUCCUCUGAGUAAAAUCCUGUUUGCUGAAAAGGAAAACUCAAGCCAUACACAAGUUAUGUAUCAGAUUGGCUGUUGUUGCCAGAUGAUAUCUACAAUGCUCUGAGAUACAACUCUGCCUGAAUCAUCUUUGCUUUCCCAGUUAUACACUUGGAUUGAUUCCAUUAGCCUCAACCUAUAUUCAAGAGUUAAAAUUGAGGACGAAUCCCACGGUUGCCAGGAUAAAUUUAGCUCUUUAAAUUCUCAGCUAAGCAGGGGGUGUUAACACUACCCAGAAUGUGGAUGUGAAUUUGUCCUUUUCUCUUAUCGGUCCCUGUCCCUCCAGGACAGCCUGGGAAACACUGAUGAGUUCACUGUAAACCUGAAACCUGCGAUGAAUAAAGAGGCAGAGUUGUGGAAGCAGAAGCUUGCUUGGUUUCUGACAAAAAAGACGUUUUGUUGUAUGAUGGCAGUGUUUUUGCAUCUUUUAGCUCAUUUACUUCAAACGUAUCAUUUACUACUUAUAUGUAUGCCCUCUGUUGUAAUAUAUAGUAUAGUGUACGUGUAUAAAGUUGUGAGAAGCUACUAUGAGUGCUACUGGUUCUGGAAAUGAAAGUCCCAUAGAUUUGUUUUUCCCAUAUACAGCCGGAGCACUUGUACGGCUUGAACUCACAUGAAACUCUCCUAGAACAAUUUAUACAACAAAAGAUGAACAGCUGCAUUGGAAAAAAUCUAGUUCUUUGACUGUUGGUCAAAGGUACAAGUGUAUGUACAUAAAAACACAAUUUGGCAACUAUGGUGCUGUGUUUCGAAUGUUCUGCAGCUCUGUCUUACACCUCUGACUGGCCACUUUGACAUAUCACUGGCGACUGAGGCUCGGAGGUACUGUAAUAUAAUGAGCCAUCCAUCAUACCAAACUAAUGGGAAACCUAUAGAAUUGUUGCAUUACUCAGACUCGUAUGUUUUUAUGUUGAGUCACAUUGAAAAUAUUCAGAAAGUUUUUAAAAUGGAUAUUCAAAGUGAGAGGAAAAUGCUCGGCACCUUCACCCAGUUUGAAGUUUUAUUACAUGAUAAUUGUUUUUCUUUCUGUUCACCUCAGUUUGUCACAAUUAGACUUGCCAGUAAACCACUGCUGUGUUUUGUGAAGCAGCAUGUUCAUGUGCUGCUGUCAAGUUCAAGACACCACGCUCAGUGUGUAUUUGUAGUACAUGGGCUAAAACAUGCAGAAACAGCAGCAUCAUCCUGAUGAUAGGUCCUUCAACCUCCACACUUGGUUCUUAUGACCAUUCUGCCUACAUGGUGCAUUCAGGUGACUUUAAUUAAGGUGACGCUGAUGCAAAGCAGGUUUUAUCUGGAGAGUGAUGUAAUCAAUGGUACAAUACUGCAAGGGUUUCUGGGACUUUUGUCCCAGUGCCAGUCAGACUUGGAGUUCUCUGAUGCUUUUGAGCCAGUGGCUGAUUUAUUAAGAUUUGAUCAGAAAUAUGUCACUGCAUUUAUUGAGCACUGUACAUGUUGCACUAAAAAGCCUCCAGCAUGAGACUGAUGCCUUUUAAAUUCCCAGCUUUAGCCUGUGUAGUUCUGAAUACUAUUAAGAUGCGACCACAGGCAGAUCUUUCUUUCUUUCUCUGCAUUUUCUCUUUGUCUUGCCACAUUUUGGGAACAAGGUUUAGCCACCUUAACAUCUAGGCUGUGUAUUAGGGAGCAACAACAUAACUGAGAACUGUACUAUACCCACAGCUUCCACUUGCACUUCAUGCAUGCCCGACUUGCUGCCCUCAUUGCUUACACUCUGUCAGCUGGAAAAAGGGACGUUCAAAAAUAACUCAUUAUCUUGCCUACCUCUAAACCAUUGCUCACAUCCCCGCUCCCCGCUGAUCUGUGCAUGCCAUUCAGCACAUCAUUCAGCCACAUCUUUAAUUUCUGCCACUUUUUUGUUUUUACUGAACACUGUCGUGAUGGAACUGGGGUCCAAAAUUGGGACCCUUGCAAGUCUAGUCAGAGGUAAGUCUCAUUUCUUUUGUUGGUGCAGGCCCUGGUGUGUUUGUGUGAAUGAGGACAAUUUAUGACCGUGUCUUCAUAGUAGUGCUGUAUCAUUUCAUUUUUUGCACCAUUUGCUUUGUUAUUUUGAUAAUUGGAAGCAUUCACUGCACCAUACAGAUUUAGGUUUAUGCAAUGUAUUGGACUUACUUCUGUUAAAGACAAUACCAAGAUAAACACUUAAUCACUAUCAAAUAAAAGCACAAGCCAAUGCUGAGCACCGGCAUGAGCGCUUAAAAUGUACUUAUUAUCAUAAUUCCAGGUAAAAUGAAAAAAUGUAUUUGCAUUUAAGUAGGUUUGAGACCCAAGUGUCCACACUGCUGCAUAAACAGUAGUAUACACAUGGUAGUUAAACUAUUUUAUCUUGGUUUAGACCAGUAUUCUGAAAUGUCUAACAGAAGUCACUGGCAUUUAACAUUUAAGUAUUCACCUCCAGUGAAUCUACACUCCAGUUGUCUUCUUGAGAAGCCUCUGAUAAGAGUCGUACAGCAUUAGAAUGUCAGGCAGUCAUCUGACUCUGUAGAGAAACACUGAGUGGGAAUCUUCCUGCGGAAUCUCAGGUAUGGUCAGGAACGUCCCUUUGCUCGAAGCUCAUCCUGCAGUUACCCGCCUUCUAAAAGUCACUCUCAGACACAGCCUGAAUCUGAACUAAACAAUGUUAGCACAGGGCUGAAUAGUGUUGAUGUUUCAGGUUGAUGCUGGGUUGAAAACAUGUUUAAAAUACUGAUCACUGGCCCAUCUCAAGAGAUUUACAGGAUGUUAAGCUUUUUUGUAAGAUGAUACACAGCCCUCUUCAGCUUAGUCUUAAGAGAAAACUACUGUAAAAAUACAGUUGCAACAGCAAAAGAUUGUAGAUCUAACCCUCAAGGUAUUUCUUUUAUCUCUGAUGAUGCCUGGAGUCUGGCCCGAACAUCCUCAUUCAUAAAAAAAAAAACCUUGUGAAUGAUUUUCAAACACUUCUUUUGCUUUGCUUUAUUUUCCCUUGUCUUCAGUCACAUAUUUAAGAAAGCGAUAAUAAUGUUGGCAGGUGGCGGUAAUGAAUGUGAAUCACAGUGACUGCUCUCGUGGGCUAUGUUUUCCUCUAAGUAGAAAUAGACUCUGUUGGUGUUCUCCGUGCUGUGCUGUGGAAAUUAGACAACAGGAAGUUUAAAAAAAUUCUAUUUUCUGAUACAAACAUAGCUUAAACUUGACACUAUAUAGGUGUUGAUUGUAAAAUGAAUUAUGAACAUGAAGAUUUACCUCACUUACACAGCAUCCAGGUGAUUAAUUGAAUUCUGGCAUCCUUUUCUAAUCUUGCAGUUUAUAUCAUCUUUCCUUCUCAUGCUGGCACAGUAAAAAUCUUUCUAACUAUGACUGAAUGUAUCCCGUGCACGUGAGUUCAAUAAGCCAUCCAUCCAUCCAUCUAUCCAUUUUCCUCC